AUGAAUCGCAUUGAAAAUAAUGGAGUAAAACAUCUGAGCGAUGCAUUACAGCAGAGCCAAACAAUUCGCCGUAUUUUACUGAAUGAAAAGGGAAUCGAUGAGGAAGGCAUACGAGUUUUAGCUGAAGUUUUACGAGAUCAGACGAUACUUGUCAUGUUUCAACUUAGCGACAAUCCAAUAGGGACCAAUGGAGCACGACGUUUGAACAACAUAUUACAAAAUAACACAAAACGAGAAGAUGCUAAUCGAACUUGA